AUGAACAAUACUGCUAAUUUACGUAUAGCUUGUGUGAUGGUUGGUUUGCCAGCUAGAGGAAAGACAUAUAUUGCAUGCAAAGUCAGUAGAUACUUGACUUGGCUAGGCAUCAAAACGCAGAUAUUCAGUGUGGGCAACUACCGUCGAAAGAUUGCAGGAUUGAACCUACCCCACACCUUUUUUGAUGUGCGCAAUGAAGAAGCAGUAAAGAAACGCCACGAAGCAGCUGCUAUGGCAUUGAAUGAUAUGAUUCAGUGGUUCAACAAGGAGGAUGGAACUGUGGGCAUUCUGGACGCCACUAAUUCCACCAAAAAGGCUAGAGCAUGGAUCAAUCAAGAACUGACAAGUCGCAACAUUCAAGUGCUGUUCAUUGAAUCUAUCUGCGAUGAUGAAAAUGUGAUUCUACACAACAUCAAAGACGUCAAGCUGUCUUCCCCAGAUUACUGCAACCGAGAUUCGGAAGCAGCUACUGAAGAUUUCAUGAAACGCAUUAGUCAUUACGAGGCGUGCUACGAAACAAUCACAGAGCAGGAUUUGACUUAUAUCAAACUGAUCAAUGUCGGCAGUCAAUACAUUAUUAAUAUGAUUCGUGGUUAUCUGGAGAGUAGAAUUGUGUACUAUCUGAUGAACCUACAUACUCGUCCAAAGAGAAUCUGGUUCAGCCGACAUGGCGAGUCUUUGUUCAAUUUAGAAGACAAGAUUGGAGGUGACGCAGGAUUAUCACCUAGAGGCGAACAAUAUGCAUUGAAAUUGCCUGAACUUGUCAAGCAGAAUAUUGGAGACCGACCUCUCACUGUCUGGACCUCAUCCAUGACACGUACUAUUCAAACCGCGAGACAUUUGCCAUUCCCCAAAAAGCAAUGGAAAGCAUUGGAUGAGCUUGAUACAGGCGUGUGUGAUGGCAUGACAUAUGAUGAGAUUGCUUUGAAAUACCCUGAUGAUUUUGCAAGAAGAGAUGAAGACAAGUUCAAUUAUCGAUACCGUGGUGGCGAGAGCUACCGCGAUUUAGUUUUGAGAUUGGAGCCAGUAAUUAUGGAUCUGGAGAGACAUGAAAACAUCUUGAUCAUCUCGCAUCAAGCAACUAUCCGCUGCAUGUACGCUUACUUUAUGGGUCUGAGUCACGAGGAGUUGCCCUACGCUCGUAUUCCAUUACAUACAAUUAUUGAAUUAAAACCAAAAGCAUUUUCAUGUGAAGAAAAGCUCUACAAAGUCGAUGUUGGAGCCGUAGAUACUUUUAGACCCAGGGGCCAGAUGGCUCGAAGAUUAACUAAUGAUCAAUUCGUGACCAGUACGAUCCCACCUUUGCAAGAAGGAGCCAGCGGUGAGAUUGCUGAUCCCAAAAGUUCGAUUUUGCCUAUAACACCAGUCAGUGUUGCACCCUGCUAA